AUGAAGAUCACAGAUGUGGUCUCGGAGCUGGAGGCCAGCAUGGCCGAGUCACAGAACGCGCGCGACAAGCGCAUGGAGGAGCUGUGGCGCGAACUGGAUCCCAAGGGCGCCGGCGAGCUGGACCUGAAGGGGCUCAAGAGGGGAUUGAGGAGAAUAGACCACCCCAUGAAGAAUGCGGAAAACAUGCUGGCAGAUGUGUUCAAGGCUGUCGACACCAGCGGGGACGGCAAGAUACAAUACGAAGAGUUUCGCACAUUCGUCGAGACGGCAGAAAGGCAGCUUUUUGCUCUUUUCCGAUCUAUCGACAGGGAUAACAAUGGAAGGCUAGACAAAGAAGAGCUGCGGAGUGCUUUCCAAAAAUGUGGCCUGACCGUCUCAUCCAAACGGCUGACGGGCUUCUUCAACGAGAUCGACAUGAACCGGGACGGAUACAUCACUUUUGAGGAAUGGCGUGACUUCCUCUUGUUCAUGCCGGUACACGACGGUGAUGGUGGUGCUGCUCUGGCGACGGCACUGUCAUUCUACUCUCAAAUCGUCACUAUAAAUGCCGAGGGAGAUUCGCUGGUGAGCGAAGAUACCCUAGAGGGCUUAGGUACGACCAGCUUCCUUCUACACGCUCUCUUCGGUUCUAUCAUUAGGCUUGCCCAACCAUCACCGUCGCUGUCUGGUAAGACAUCUGGACCUUCUCGAAAGUCUUUACAAAAACCCGACGCGAAUGUGGCCUCGCAAACACCCAACGAACCCGGACAAGGCAAGCCACCAGUGGAGAGGCCAAUGUCCCCAAACCCAGCCUCGAAAUCAUUACAGUCGACGGCCUUGGCUGCAGCAACCACGGCGCCCAUUCUUGCAUCAGUAGAAAGGGGGGCCAACGCCGCAGACGGCCCCUUCCCAGCCACAACUUCACGAGCACACAGCAAGGCGGUUCUCGACUUGGCCACUCAGCACACCGGCGAAGGUCCCAGCUCUGUUAUAAGUCCAGCGGCGCUUGAGGAGGGAGCAGACUACGCGUUGUCGGCAUCGAAGCAAGUAGAAAAUAAAACCAAGCCCUCCAAGCUGACUGAAUACCUACCUGAACCAGGCUAUUUCCUUGCCGGUGCCAUCGCGGGUGGUGUAUCACGCACAGCCACUGCCCCUCUCGAUCGAUUAAAAGUAUACCUCCUUGUCAACACAAAAGCCAGAACCAGCGCCGAGGCAGCCGUAGCAGCUGCUGCCAAGGGAAAGCCCCUGAAGGCAGUCAAAAACGCAGGCCACCCGAUCGCUGCUGCCAUUACCAGCUUGUAUAGGUCAGGUGGCCUGCGUACGUUUUUCGCUGGAAAUGGAUUGAACGUCAUAAAAAUCAUGCCGGAGACGGCCAUCAAAUUCGGCUCGUAUGAGUUCGCUAAACGCACCCUCGCAACUCUCGAGGGCCACAGUGACCCUACUCACAUAAACCCCUACUCCAAAUUCGUCGCUGGUGGAGUGGCGGGCAUGGUUGCCCAGUUCUGCGUCUAUCCACUCGACACACUCAAGUUCCGCCUGCAGUGUGAAACCGUACAGGGCGGACCAACAGGCAACGCACUACUAGUGCAGACAGCAAAGCGUAUGUAUGCGACGGGCGGAGUGGCAGCGGCCUACCGCGGCGUGACUAUGGGCCUUGUGGGGAUGUUCCCGUACAGUGCCAUUGAUAUGGGGACAUUUGAGCUGCUGAAGACGACGUACCGAAGGUACAAGGCACGAACAUGCGGGAUUCACGAGGAUGACGCGGAGCCGGGCAACAUCGCCAUGGGAAUGAUGGGUGCAACAUCAGGGGCGAUCGGGGCGACGAUAGUAUAUCCACUUAAUGUGCUCCGGACGCGGUUGCAGACGCAGGGUACAGAGAUGCACCGACCGACGUACACGGGUAUCUGGGACGUGACGACGCGUACGGUGCGGAACGAGGGCGUGAGGGGCCUGUACAAAGGGCUGACGCCGAAUCUGCUCAAGGUGGCGCCGGCCUUGAGCAUCACAUGGAUCGUGUACGAGAACUCGAAGAAGUUCCUCAAUCUACAGUGA